CGCCGCGCGUUUACAUACGGCCUUGUCGGCUGGCUAGAUAUUUAUUUCGUCCGGCCCCAUAUAACGUUCGCCCUUGGCCGUCGUCGAGGAGAGCGGGCCUGCGUACGUCGACCGCUACCCUGACCUCGGGCCGUGCGGCGCGCCCACCCGUACGUGGCCGGGGAUCGGAUGGACGAUCAUCUGGCGGUGCUGGCGCGCGGCGAGGGGUGGACGGAGGAGCGGCACGCGGCGUUCCUCGACGGCGUGGAGCGCUCCUUCGUGCAGGAGGUGCUCGUGGGCGCCGCCGGCGUCAGCGAGGAGCGGCGAGCGUCGCGCAGGCUCUGCCACCGGGGGCCGCCGCCCGCCGGCGGCCGUGGCCAGCUCCCGCUGGAUCGCCCCCUCCCUGACAGCGCCGUGGAGUCCAACCGCCGGGGACCCUGCUCCCGGCCCGCAGCCCGCGACGCCAAAUGACGCUGGUUGGUCGAUCUAUGGCUACGAUCAUUCUUUCCUUACACAAAGAACAUCAACACGUCUCUCAUCCACACAGCUGUACUCGUUGCACGUAACGUUCAGUACAAUGGUUGCGUCUCAUGAAUCUGAAGUUAACAAGCUAGCUAGAGUGAUAAAUUUCCUUCUAGGAUCGUAGCCUCCAAAGUCCAAAGUUGUAUGCGUCGCAGUGGAAGUGAUGUUUUCCAGGUCUGUGCAGUUAUGCCGAUAUUUGUCUUUGUCAAUGUGCCUUUCAUGGCGGGGCAUGGUGUGUAUGUUGGUGAUGCACUAGUUCAUCUUCAUUUAUCUUAAGGAGCUCUCUUCAUAAAAUGUGUCUGUUGCUCUCGAUAUGCAUGAUAUUUAUGCAACCGUGCAGAUCUUUUCCAUAAACUUGCCAA